AUGUUAUGGAUAGUUACUGGUACACUAGCUAUUUUAUAUAUAUUAAAAAAUGCUGAUCGUAUUGUAGGUUUAGGAGCACCUGAGCCUUUGGCAAGAUUAUAUAGUCGAAAUUAUUAUCGAGCAACAUGGAUUUUGAGUGCUUUGGAUGCUGGUUUUUUAACAGCAAUGUCUAUUCGGCCAAAAAUUUUAAGAGAUAUUAUGUCUCUGGUUUUUUCAAUUUAUUAUUUGGUUUUUGCCGAUCAAGCUGAUGAAAAAAUUCGUCGUAUACGUGCAACAAUUACUGUUGAACAUUUAAGAUGUUCAUUUGAAAAAACCAUGAAUCCAUAUCUGAGAUUUCUGAUCAAAUUAACACAUCCACGUCUUCAAAUAUUUAGAAAAAAAAUAAUCAUUCCACGUCCAAAAAAAAACUCGCAUGGAACAAGACCCGUAAUUGGUUAUUUAUAUUAUUCUGGAAAUGAACAAUCCUUGAAAAAUAAUUGUGACAAAUUAAUAUUAAAUUAUUCUGGUGGUGGAUUCGUUGCAAUGAAUCCUAUAUGUCAUGAGGAUUAUUUAUGUAAUUGGGUAAAAAAAGUUCGAGUUCCUAUUCUUAGUAUCGAUUAUGGAAAAGCUCCUGAAUUUCCUUAUCCAUACGCGUUGGAAGAAUGUUUCGACGCUUAUCAAAGUAUCAUGGAAUCUAAUGGAGAAGUUAUAGGAAUGGCUGGUUGGCAUGAUCAAAAUGGUAAUGAUAAAAAACAAAUCAGCAUUGUUUUAAUUGGUGAUUCAGC